AUGGUUCUCUCCUUCAUUCUCGUCCAGAAUCGGCAGGGCAAGACGAGGUUAGCCAAGUGGUACGCCCCUUACACUGACGAAGAGAAGGUGAAGCUGAAGGGCGAGGUCCAUCGACUCAUCGCUCCCCGUGACCAGAAGUACCAAUCCAACUUCGUCGAGUUCCGAUCCGCGCCCUCUUCAUCUGCCUCGACUUCCCACGCCCAACCCCUCGUCCGCCAGAACCUGUCCUCGACAAAGAUUGUGUACCGGCGGUAUGCAGGCCUGUUCUUCUGCGUCUGCGUCGACGCCAACGACAACGAGCUCGCCUACCUCGAAGCUAUCCACUUCUUUGUCGAGGUGCUGGACCAAUUCUUCGGCAACGUUUGCGAAUUGGACCUCGUGUUCAACUUCUACAAGGUUUACGCCAUUCUCGACGAGGUCUUCUUAGCCGGCGAAAUCGAGGAGACGAGCAAACAGGUUGUUUUGACGAGACUGGAGCAUUUGGACAAACUAGAGUGA